AUGGCUACUACAAUGUCUACUGCAUCAAAACGUUCAAAGACAAUUGAGCCUGAACAUUUUUGUUUCGUUUCUUUUCCAUCAGAAGGAACUCAUGGAAUAUGGCCUGAAAAUCUUAUUCGUACUAAAGGUAGAUUUGGUUUUCAAGCAAAAUUUGGUGAACAAUGGUAUGAAUGUCGUGUUGAAAUGGAAGGAACAAAGGAAGAAUGUGAAGAAGCACAAGAUCUUUUAGAAAAAAGUAUUUCACCAAAUCAAAAACAAUGGUCUUCAGCUGAAACUGAAUUAUCCGAUAAUGAAGAGAGUGAUAUUACUAGUAGCAGCGAUGAUGAAAAUGAAAACAAUAACAAGGAAAAUAUUAAUAAAAACCGUAGUAAAAAAAACAAGGUCAAAACAACAAACAAGAAAUCUAUCAUCCAUUCAACUGAUGAUGAAGUUGAAAUAUUGAAAGAUAUUAGUUCAUCAAUUAAUAAAAAACGUAGUAAUCAUUCCAGCAAUGAAUCGGUUUCAAAAAAAGUCAAAUCCGAUGAUAAAACAACAACAACAACAAUAACAACACUUGAACAAUCAUCAUCAUUGACUACCUUACAUCCUGAUAUUGUUAAACAAAUAUCGGAUAUGAUUAAGAAAGAGUCAUCAGAAAUGAAGAAGUUGUUAAAAAAGAUUUAUCAAAUGCAAAAACGAACAUCUGACGUACCUAAGGUACAGUUUUUUAUACAAUAUCAACAUUUAAUGUUUGUACUUAUUGACAAAUAUUUGUUGAAUGAGAAAGGGAUAUGUCGAAAACUUAAUGAAACUAAAGAAAAAUUUAGCUUAUCGUAG